GGUCCCCCCGAAGCUCGCGAGCUUUUUAUACGCGUUAAUGCUUUAUUUUUUACACGUACAACUUUAGUGGGAAGGGGGGAUGCAGAGCUCGAAUCUGGCAACCCAGUAACCGGGACGGUUGUGGGGACGAGCAGCGGCUAAUGGCUUCCUGGGAGUUCUCGAUUAGCUAACGGUCGCCACUGUGUCUGAUGUGGGCCUUCGUGUCGCUGAACCGCUCCUGAAGCUGCACUUGGGAGCGUACCAAGUACACAACGGUCUGCGACAUGUCCAAGAGCAAGGGCCCCGAGACGGUCAAGGUGGUGGUCCGCUGCCGCCCCAUGAACGAGAAAGAGCGGGCGGCCAAGUUCGAAAGGGUGGUCGCCGUCGACGUCAAACUGGGCCAGAUCCUGGUCAGGAACCCCCGGGAGGCCUCGUCCAGCGGCCACCCCAAAGUCUUCACCUUCGAUUCGGUCUACGACUGGAACUCCAAGCAGAUCGAUCUGUACGACGAGACCUUCAGGCCCCUGGUGGAUUCGGUUCUGCUCGGGUUCAACGGGACCAUUUUUGCCUACGGGCAGACCGGUACGGGGAAGACGUACACGAUGGAGGGCGUGAGGAACGACGUCGAGAGGAGAGGCGUGAUCCCCAACUCCUUCGAGCACAUCUUCACUCACAUCUCCCGCUCCCAGAACCAGCAGUACCUGGUGAGGGCGUCGUAUCUCGAGAUCUACCAGGAGGAGAUCAAAGACCUGCUCUCCAAGGACCAGACGCGCCGCCUGGAGCUGCGCGAGCGGCCCGACACCGGCGUCUACGUCAAGGACCUGUCGUCCUUCGUCACCAAGAGCGUGCGCGAGAUCGAGCACGUCAUGAACGUGGGCAACCAGAACCGCUCGGUGGGCGCCACCAACAUGAACGAGCACAGCUCGCGCUCGCACGCCAUCUUCGUCAUCACCGUGGAGUGCGGCGAGCUGGACGACGACGGGGAGAACCACAUCCGGGUGGGCAAGCUGAACCUGGUGGACUUGGCCGGCAGCGAGCGGCAGACCAAGACCGGCGCUCAGGGCGAGCGGCUCAAAGAAGCCACCAAGAUCAACCUGUCGCUGUCGGCGCUGGGCAACGUCAUCUCGUCCCUGGUGGACGGCCGGAGCAGCCACGUGCCGUACCGCGACUCCAAGCUCACCCGCCUGCUGCAGGACUCCCUGGGGGGCAACGCCCGCACCGUCAUGGUCGCCAACAUCGGCCCGGCGUCCUACAACGUGGAGGAGACGCUGACCACGCUGCGCUACUCCAACCGCGCCAAGAACAUCAAGAACAAGCCGCGCAUCAACGAGGACCCGAAGGACGCGCUGCUGCGCGAGUUCCAGGAGGAGAUCGCCCGGCUGAAGGAGCAGCUGCAGCGGCGCUCGGGGAAGAAGAAGAAGAGGAGGCAGAGGAGGCGGGACGGGAGCGACGGCGGCGAGGAGGAGGAGGAGGAGGACGGGGAGACGGAGGACGAGGACGAGGAAGACGGCGGGGACGACAAAGGGGAUUACUGGCGGGAGCAGCAGGAGAAGCUGGAGAGGGAGAGGAAGGCCAUCAUGGAGGACCACAGCCUGGUGGCGGAGGAGAAGGUUCUGCUGCUGAAGGAGAAGGAGAAGAAGAUGGAAGACUUGAAGAAGGAGAAGGACGCCGGAGAGAUGCUCGCUGCCAAAGUGAAGGCGAUGGAGAGCAAGCUCCUCGUCGGGGGGAAGAACAUCGUGGAUCACACCAACGAGCAGCAGAAGAUGCUGGAGACGAGGAGGCAGGAAAUCGCCGAACAGAAACGGAGCGAGCGAGAGAUGCAGCAGCAGAUGGACUGUCGCGACGAAGAGACUCUGGAGCUGAAGGAGACGUACAGCUCCCUGCAGCAGGAGGUCGACAUCAAGACCAAGAAGCUGAAGAAGCUGUUUGCCAAGCUGCAGGCCGUGAAGGCCGAGAUCCACGACAUCCAGGAGGCGCACAUCAACGAGCGGCAGGAGCUGGAGCAGACCCAGAACGAGCUCACCAGGGACCUCAAGCUCAAACAUCUGAUCAUCGAGAACUUCAUCCCGUCGGAGGAGAAGAACAAGAUCGUCAACCGGGCGUACUUUGACGAGGAGGACGAGUACUGGAAGACGAAGCCCAUCACGCGUAUCGAGGAUGACCAUCAGAUGAUGACCCGGCCUCUGUCCGCGGUCGGCUACCGCCGGCCUCUCAGCCAGCACUCCCGCAUGGCCAUGAUGAUGAGGCCCGACAUGAGAUACAAGGCGGAGAACGUCAUGAUGCUGGACAUGGACCUGCCCGCCCGGACCACCAAGGAGUACCAGGAGCCGGUCAUCGCCCCCAAGGUGGCGGCGGCUCUGGAGAGCGCCCUGCGGGACGAGGACGAGAUCCAGGUGGACGCCUCCGGCUUCCACAGCGGUCCGCCGGCCACGCCGCCCGCCGGCCUCAAGAAACCAAAGUCCGGUCGCCCCCGCACAGGCAGGAAGUCGAGCACGCCGACCUCGCCGUUCAGCCCCUCCAGCCCCGGGUCGCCACUUUACCCACAAUCCCGCGGGCUGGUGCCCAAGUGACGACCUCCGACACCUGCUGCCACCGACCCGACUCUCUCUCUCUCUUUGCACCUUUUUCACUUUGGGAGAGAAGGAGGAGGGGGGGGGGAGGAGGAGGAGGAGGGGGGGGGGUCUCGUCUCGUCUCCUUUCUGCAAACUACAGGAAAAAGAAACUUUAAAAAACGAAUGCUGCUUUUCUAGGUUUGAACUGUAACCACACGCCACUAUCGAGGGCGAGUCAUCGCCACGACAACCGCCACGCAUGAAGCCUCACACACACACACUCUGCUGUUACCGUGUGUGUGUGCGCUGCUGCUCAAAGGUUUGUCGGUCUUCUGAGGAGGAGGAGAAGUUUAAAUGUCCGUCUCUCAGCUUCACCUCGUCACAUUCCAGAUGCUUCCAGGUGUUUAUUGCACUUUAAAUCACCAUCUGCACACGUCUCCACACACACACACACACACUCACACACACUCGUGUUCUCGUGCUUUCUUCUGUCCUCAGAUCGUCUUCUGGGUCUCUCAGAAUCACAAAAUCACAAAGCGUGAAAGACGAGAUGCAGAAAUCUUAAUAUUCUGGAGCGGCUCAAACGCUUGAGCAGCAGCGUGUCGACGGGUACACAAAUAUAUACAUAUAUAUAUAUAUAUAUAGAACGUUCUUAAUGUAGAGAAAGCGGCGGACUGCAGGGUCCUCGGUCCUCUCCUCUCUCCCCAGAUGUGUGUGUGGGAGUUGUAGUCCUCUCUAGCUGUGAGUGACUACAACUUUUUUUAUUUCCCCCACUGCAUGAUUGUAAAUGCACAGGCCAGGCCCCCAUCCCCCCCCCCCCCCCCCGUGCCUCAUCAGGGCUCCAAGCUGCCUUAACCUGUGUCUCUGCUCCUUUUUAUUUGAGGUGUGCACACACACACACACUCAUUCCUCUGUCUCUUUUCCCCCUCUUCUUCGUUGGUAUUCUUUCCAUCAUUGGGGGGGGGGGGGGUUCUCAUCCACUGUGACGUUUCAAAUGAUGCUGCACUUGCUCAGAGGCAAUCCUGUGUGUGUCACACAUACACACACAUUUAAAUAUUCAAUAUUGGGAAAUCAAACUAACUUAUAAGCUUUCAUUUUUAUAUACAGAUGUAAAUAUAAUUUUCUAUUCCGUUUUCUUCUUUAAAAAUAGAUUUAUCGUUUUAUUUUUGGAGCUUUGUGAUAUUUAACGUGUUUUUCUCUGUUGUGUGUGUGUGUGUACGAUGUGAAGUCCAAAGUAGCUCUAAUCGUCAAUACUCCCACGGUCACUGAACUCACCACCACUGUGUGGUCCUGAUGAGAAUAGCGGCUCCUUUCCGGGCCAUUCAUAGGAAUAUUUUUUGGGGGGUGAAAUGUGAAUUGUAAUCCCUGAGCGUCCGUAACCAUGGCAACGUCACCGGAGCCAAACUCCCCCGCUCAGACUUUCUUGAGACCAAAUUUCUAUGUGCUGUUUUUUUAUUAGCCAAAUGAGGAAAUGUGUGUUUGAACUUGUUUAGUUUCUUUGGAUGAUUAAAGACAAUUCAGUGAACACUUUAAAAAAAAAAUAUAUGUUGUCUUCCCUUCAUUACGACCCAGUGGUUCAACAAACUAAACUUUUGCUCAGAACUUCUUUUUUUUUGUAGAAACAAGUUUAUUCACCUCAAACAAGUAAUGUUUGAGGUGAAUAAACAUGAAUUAAAACUCUAAAAUAAUCCCUAUAAUUCCUCAGACGGGUCAUUAAACUAUUACACUUCAAAUAAAAUGAGCGUCUUUCCGCAGCAAGUUUGUAUUUCAACAUAAAAUAAAAGUGUGCUUCCUUUUAACCUAUCAAAAUAAAAGUCAGAUUUAACUAUAAAGAGGAAGUAGAUUAAAACGUCUAUACAUUUUUCAAACAAUACAAUAUAAAAGGCAAAAAACACAAAUCAAUAAACCUUUCAUGGGGUUAUUUACAAAGUCUUUAAUAAUAAUUAAAAAGCCAGUCCUCCAGCUCCCUCCUCAUGUCCUCCCUCCUCAUGUCCUCCCUCCUCGGGUCCUCAGGUCCUUCGGCCUCAAUAGUGAGUUUUGGUUUUCAGGGCUCGUCGGUGGUCUGGAGGGUUCUGGAGGAUUUGGGUCUUUCAACUAUUUCUAGUGUGAUGUAGAGUCUGAACAUAACAUCUGGUCACAAUUAUGAUCUGUCUGUGAAUUUUUAAUUAUGAGACAUAUUUUGCCAGACAAAUGUCAUUUUAGUGAAAAUGACCGAACCUCAAAAUAAAAAUCAUCGUGGCUGCACUUCA